AAUUUGUUUAUUAUUCUUAUCUAUUUGUUUAUAAAUUAAUUAUUUUAAAAAGUCCCUGUGAGUGAUGGGAGAAAAAGUGCAUAAUUCCAUUAAAAUAAGCAAUUUAGUUAUCACCUUUAAUAUAAGAUGCAUUAAAUAGGGAAAUCUUAUAAUGUAUUACAUGCCUUAUCUUAUUUCAUAUGCAAAUAAGAGUGAUAACUUGAGUAAUUAGAACCUUGAAAAUAAAUUCGACUAUAAGUCCAUUGUCUCGACCUAAUUAUCCAGCAGGUAUUGGACAAAGUUCAAGUAUACGCAACGUCUUUUCAGGAUGUGUAUUUUAUUCUUGCAUACGAAUCCAGACCCUCAAGAUAACGAGUAUAGACUGAUAGUGGCAACCAACCGGGAUGAGUAUUACACGAGACCAGCUAAAGCUGCAUACAAAUGUCCAGAAACCGGAGUCAUUGCAGGUAGAGAUAUGGAACCUGGGCGAGAGUAUGGGUCCUGGCUGGGUUGCACCAUCAAAAACGAGCUCGAUAAUGAAUUGACGGAAGGCAAAAAGUUCUGUUUCUCUUGUCUAACGAACAUAUCCGGAAACAAUAAGGUACCCAAUGCGGCAGGCAGAGGAGAGUUGGUUAUUAAAUAUCUGGAAGGAACCGCCACUUUCCCCGAAUAUAUUGACAAAUUGAAAAACACAGAUGUAUCUUUUAACGGUUUUAACUUGAUUGGGGUGGAACUCAGUAAGGGGGGUUUGACCAGGACAUACCACUCGUGCAACCAACCCGAGAUUGACUCAGUAUACACGGGUAAACACACCAUCGGUUUUGGGAACAGUACCAUCAGUUCCCCUUACAUGAAAGUACUGAACGGUCGAAAUAGGUUUCAGGAAAUUAUCGAGAGGAACUUGGAUAAGGACCAACUGAAGGCCGAACUAUUAGCUUUGUUAAAAGACAAGACCCAACAUUUACCUGAUGAGGAGCUGGCGAGAAGGAGCCCCGUGGGCCUGCAAGUGUUGUCCUCGAUAUAUGUGGAAUAUUUGUCAGCGGGAUAUGGCACAAGGACGCACACUAUUGUCCUGCUGGAUAAAGAGUGGAAUAUGGAAUUUAUUGAGUUUACUAUGCAGGAACCUAUUAUUGACCCGAGACACCCCGAAUGGCACCAAACAGUGAUCAAAUCUAGUUUGUAACUUUUGGGUUCUGAGUAAAUCAAUAAAGGCAUUUUUAAUUUUAA